GGUUCCCGUGCAGUGUGUGAGCCGGGGUUUCGGUGCUGUGACAUCUGUUGCUGGCCGGGGCUGUAGCCGGGAUGGGGAGACUCAGCGGCUCCAUGCGAUGCAUCAAGUACCUGCUGCUCACCUUCAACCUCAUCUUCCUGCUUGCAGGAUCAGCGAUAAUUGGUGUUGGGUUGUGGCUUCUUCUUGGUGGAAAUAUAAAAGAAUUAAGUGACGGAGAUGAAGAAGUGUUUGCAUUCUUUUUUAUUGGUCUUUAUGUGCUGAUAGGAGCUGGAGCUCUGAUGAUGCUUAUUGGCUUCUUUGGUUGCUGCGGAGCGGCUCGUGAAUCUCAGUGCUUGCUUGGAGCGUUCUUUGUCUGUUUACUGGUAAUUUUUGCUGCAGAAGUUACCGCUGGAGUCAUUGCGUUUUUGGGGAAACAAGAGGCUGUUAAAGAGGCAAAAAAGAUCUACAGGGAUGCUUACAACAACUAUAUACAGCAUAAAGAAGAAAACACAACUUUACUGGAUUUUCACACAUUAGCAAAAUGUUGUGGUAAUGAAGACCCCGAGAGUGCAAAAAACGUAAGAAACCUUUGCUUAGAGGAACAUAAGGAGCACAAGGACUGCCUGCAAGCGAUUGAGAAGGUGUUGCAUCAUUAUUUCCAAAUUGUGGGAAUACUUGCAGUGGCUACAGCAGGAAUAACAAUCUUCGGCAUGAUCUUCAGUAUGGUCCUGUGUUGUGCCAUCCGCAAUUCCAGAGAUAUGUUGUGAUAAUCCCAUGCAUUGUGCCUUCUUCUCCCAAUCAGGAUGAAAGCGCUACCUGCUGGCACAGGGACUGUUAGACACCCAUCUGCUUGGACAAUAUUUCUGUUUUUGUAACCAAGCUAUGUAAAAUAGCAAAGUGCUAUAAAGUGUGCUUUGUAUAAAGCUAUGCAAUAUACUAGAUUACAAAGGUUAUUGGAGUUAAAAAAUGCCCCUCAUGAAGCUACAUUUUUGCUAAGGCUUUAAAGAAUAGCUUAUAAAGCGGGGGGAAAAAGCUCUGCUUUGAAGCUGGAACGAGAUACACCUCUCAGUCAGUGGGUUUCAGAAUUCCUCCCUGUAACUACACAUUGCAGGCUGCACUUGACAGGAGUUUGUCAUCUGUACACAGUGCUCCAGUUGCAGGCUGCUGUGAAGUCGGAAAGUUCAAAGUUGGAGUGAGGAUCAGAUUUAGGAAGCAAGUUUUUUCAUCUAGCUC